UGCAGGCAUGGCGGCACGUAAGUCAGCUUCCACACACACAAACCGCCCUAAACAUUUAACAGAAUCAAAAUGCGAAGUCGGUUAUAUUUCCUGAAUUAUCUUUCAUUUUAAUUAAUUAUUAUUAUUUUAUUUUUCAUACUUCUUCAUUCAAUUUCUGCCUACUCUCGGAUUUAAUUUUCUUCUGGACUAAGUUUUGCAUACCUUUCCAUGCAAGCAACGAUUUCAUCAAGCAACAAUAUAUAUAUAUAUAGGGUGAAUUUUGAUUUCGUAUACUUUGUUUUUUUGAUGGUGGUAUGGAUGCGGAAGGGGACCAAGUUUCGAUGACUGUGCUCGAUUACGAAACGGCGGCGUACGAUUCCGACUGCGAGUCGUCGGUUUCCGAUUCCGGCCGGUUGUUCAGAGAAUUCGCCAGGAAUGGAAUGGUGAAGCUGGAGGAGAGCGCAGAAGGCGGCGGCGGCGGCGGCGGCGAGUACGGUGCGGUAAUGAAGAGUUUUCUGGUGGAUAUGAGGUUCCUCGGUGAGGAAAUUGAUGUGGUCGCCGUGCAUAAGAACAUGUACUCGAGCGUUGCUGGGCAGGCGAAGCUGGAGGCGUUCCGUGUCUUUUCCCGGGCGGUGGCCGCCAGACGCGGCGGCGAUGCUAAUGUUAAGUACGGGUGGUACGGCGGCUCGCCGGAUGAAAUUCGUGAUGUUGUUACUUACGGAUUUGUCGGAUCUGGGAAAUUCGAGAAGGGGAUUUCGCACGGCGUUGGAAUUCAUCUUUCCCCUGUCAAUUCUCCCUUUGAUAGUGCAAUGAAAGCAAAGGAAGAUGAAAAUGGAGUAAGGCACAUGUUACUAUGUCGUGUAAUAUUGGGCAACACAGAAAUCAUCGGCCCGGGUUCCGAACAAUCACAUCCGAGUUCAACCCAAUUCGAUUCCGGAAUCGACAAUCCUAUAGCACCGACGCAAUACAUUGUAUGGACUUCGUACAUGAAUUCCCACAUUUUUCCAAACUACAUCAUCAGUUUCCGAGCCCCUUGUUUAAUAGGUUUGCGGAGAACUUGGAGAUCUGCCACGACCCCCAAUUCGCUAAGUAUGAGUUUUCCCGUGUUUUUGAAAGUGCUAUCCAGGUUCGUGCAUCCUUCGAAAGUGGGCUUGAUUUUGAACUACUACAACGAAUUUCGGGAAAACAAGAUUGUUCGUUCUCAGCUGAUUAGAAGAUUGAGGAACAUAGUGGGAGAUAAGCUGUUGAGUUCAGUAAUAAAAUUGUGCAGAAAUGAGAGAGUGUAAAUCUUGUUGCCAGAUUCUUGACAUAUGUCCGUCAGUUGCAUUCGAGUUUUUCAGAUGAACAAAGAAGAGUGAUAUUUGAGGAGUAAUGUGUAUAGAUUGGAAGGCAUGAAUAUUCUUAAUUUUCGGUUCUUAUAGAAUAGGGUUCAAUACUUUGGAAAUAUAUCUGAACGACUGCAGUUUUUAGUAAUUUUUGGAAUUUAUCCCGAUUAA